UGCUGAUGAUGCUCUAUCAAGUGGGCGGUAUCUUCCUUAUCUCUCUUUUCAAUUCUCUUGCCAACUCUCAUCAUCUAUGUGAUCCCAAACAAAGCCUUGCCCUUUGGGAGUUCAAGAAAGCCUUUUCCGUGAAUGAAUCUGCAUCAAGUAGUUGCAAUGAUGAGCUUAAGAAGCAAGCUUAUCCAAAGACAGAGACAUGGAACCAAACCAAAGAUUGCUGUUCAUGGGAUGGCGUGAAAUGCGACGAGGAAGGAGAAGGUCAUGUCGUGGGGCUUGACCUCAGCUGCAGUCGGCUUCUUGGAGUUCUUCAUCCCAACAGCUCCCUUUUUUCCCUUUCUCACCUUCAAACCUUGAAUCUUUCUCGUAACUCUAUUUUAUCUGAAUUUUCAUCCUCAUUUGGAACGUUUAAAGACUUGAGGGCUUUGGAUCUUUCCUGGUCUUCCCUCAUAGGAGAUGUUCCAGUAGAAAUAUCAUACUUGUCUAACCUUGUUUCUCUUGAUCUAUCCGGGAAUUAUCUCAGCUUCUCAGACAUAGUUAUGAAUCAGCUUCUUCAUAAUCUAACUAAUCUAAGGGAUCUUGCACUUACUGAUUCACGCCUCGAUGACAUCACACCCACUUCUUUCAUGAACCUCUCUCUUUCUUUAGCUUCUCUCUCUCUUUCUUCAUGUGGGUUGAGUGGGGAUUUUCCACAACGUAUUAUCAGUCUUCCAAAUUUGCGUGUGUUACAACUUGAUUAUAAUUCUGAAUUGAAGGGGCUUUUGCCAAUGUCUAAUUGGAGUGAAUCACUUGAAAUCUUGAGUCUUAGUUCCACUAAUUUUUCAGGAGAGAUCCCUUAUUCCAUUGGUAAUGCAAAGUCCUUGAUAUCUUUAGACCUUUCAUUCUCCAAAUUCACUGGUGGACUUCCAAAAUCAAUAGGAAACCUUACCCAACUCACUAACAUUGAUCUCAUUUUUAAUAACUUCAAUGGUCAACUGCCCAAUGCAUGGAACAAACUUCAAAAGCUAACUAAUUUCAGAAUUCAUAUGAAUUCUUUCAUGGGUCACCUACCCAAUUCUCUUUUCAACCUCACCCACCUCUCCAACAUGAUAUUUUCAUCUAACUUAUUUUCGGGUCAUUUACCCACAAAUGUUGAUUCAGAUGCACUUUCAAAUCUUAUUUAUUUGGACUUGGAACGCAACUCACUCACUGGUGCCAUACCCUCUUGGCUGUAUGCAUUACCUCGUUUAAACUACUUGGAUCUCUCUCAUAAUCAUUUCUCUUCUUUGAUGAGGGAUUUCAGAUCCAACUCCUUGGAGUUUCUUGAUUUAAGUAACAACAACUUGCAAGGUGGAGUCUCUGAUUCUAUUUAUAGGCAACUGAAUCUUACAUAUUUAGCAUUGGGGUCCAACAAUCUGAGUGGGGUUUUGGAUUUAGACAAGUUGUUGGGAGUUCAAAGUAUAACAUGGUUUGACGUUUCAAACAACAAUCAACUUUUGAUAGAGUCUACUAGUAUUAGUUCUAAGAAUCUUGUUCGAGUUGAAAUGGGCCCUUGUCGACAGCUGAAAAUUUCCCUACUUUUUGAGAUAUCAGAAGAACUUGGAAUAUCUAGACCUUUCAAAUAUCAAAUUGAGACCACCAACCUUACUUCCCUGGAUUUGUCAAAUAAUAGGUUGAAUGGUGCAAUCCCAUCUUGUUUCUCUAACCUAACUUCUCUCAUGUUGUUGGAAUUGAAAAGGAAUAAUUUUUCUGGUUCUAUUCCCAUCCCACUACCAUCUAUUUUAAUCUAUACUGCUUCAGAAAAUCAGUUCACUGGAGAAAUUCCUUCUUCAGUCUGCAAUGCCAUCUUCCUUGCUGUCCUUGGUCUAUCCAACAAUCACUUGAGUGGUACAAUUCCGCCAUGUUUAGCCAACUUCACUUCUCUUGCGGUGUUGGAUUUGAAAAAGAACCAUUUUUCUGGGAAUGUUCCAAUGUUUUUUCCAAUAGGAAGUCAAUUGAGAAGCCUUGAUUUGAACGACAAUCAAAUAGAAGGAGAAUUGCCACCAUCCUUGCUCAACUGCAAGAAUCUUCAAGUCUUGGAUCUUGGGAAUAACAUCAUAACAGGUCUGUUCCCCCAUUGGCUAGAAGCUGCAUCAAGUUUGCGAGUUCUUAUCCUACGAUCCAAUCGAUUUUAUGGUCCAAUCAACAACUCCAUGAACAAAGACUCUUUUCCAAAUCUACGUAUCAUUGAUUUAUCUCGCAAUCAUUUCAGGGGGUUGCUGCCAUCAAACUUAUUCAAAAACAUGAGAGCCAUGAAGGAAGUUGAAGUGGGCAACCAAAAACCCAACUCUUCUUCGCUUGAAUCUGACAUACUCCCUUUCUAUAAGGACUCAGUGGUGGUAUCAAUAAAAGGGUCUGAUCUAAAAUUGGAAAGCAUUCUAUUGAUAUUCAAGGCUAUUGAUUUUUCAAGUAAUGCAUUCAGUGGAGAAAUACCAGAGGUGAUUGGGACGCUCUUGUCCUUGAAAGGUCUCAAGUUUUCUCAUAAUAAGCUUAGAGGUAGGAUUCCCAUAACUUUUGGGAAUCUAAAAAAUCUGGAAUGGUUGGAUCUUUCUUCAAAUGAACUGUUGGGUGAAAUUCCACCUCAGUUGGCUGCUCUUACAUUUCUCUCCCGUUUGAACCUCUCACACAAUCAUCUUUCUGGGCCAAUCCCUCAAGGGAAUCAGUUUGCAACUUUUGAAAGUUCUUCGUAUGUUGGGAAUCUUGGGCUUUGUGGGUUUCCUCUACCAAAUUGCUACUCAGAAAAGGCCCAUGAAUCUCAAAUGGCACGUGAAGAAAGUGAGAGUUUGGACAAAGGGUUUUGGUUGAAAGUUGUGUUCAUGGGAUAUGGAUUUGGAAUGGUGUUUGGAGUAUUUGCUGGGUAUCUUGUUUUUCGAAUUGGAAAACCUUUAUGGAUCGUGGCAAUGGUUGAAGGAAGAAGAGCUUCAAAGAAACAAAGGUAAGAAAAGAAAUGAAUAGAGUAUGCCUUUCAUCAGUUGAUAUAUAUAUUGUAGCAUAUUUCAUAAUUAUGAAUGAAUGAAGCUAUAUUGUGAAUUAUCGAGA